AUGAUUUUUUUUUUUUGUGUACUUAGAAUCUGGCAAAAACGGAAUUUCUGUUUAUUUUGAUUUUGAAUUGAAUAAAAAAAGUGGACGACUGAGUUAAAUGAUUGAAAUAAUUACAGAAUUUUUCUAAAGCUUUAUUAUUCAAAAUGUGUUAUUCAUUAUAAUAGUACUUGUUUAACAAAACCACUUAAGUUCUAAUUACUAGUGACGUUUGCUGAACUCUUACCAGAAAAAGAAUGGGCAAGCUUUUAUCAAAAAUUUUUGGAAAUAAAGAGAUGAGAAUAUUGAUGUUAGGACUAGAUGCUGCAGGAAAGACAACUGUUUUAUAUAAAUUGAAGCUUGGUCAGUCUGUUACAACCAUUCCUACUGUUGGAUUUAAUGUAGAAACUGUUUCUUAUAAAAAUGUUCGCUUUAAUGUUUGGGAUGUUGGUGGGCAGGAUAAAAUCCGCCCCCUAUGGAGACAUUACUAUGCCGGGACGCAAGGUCUAAUUUUUGUUGUUGAUUGUGCAGACUGGGACAGGAUUGAAGAAUCUAAACAAGAAUUGCAUAAGAUCAUAAAUGAUCGAGAAAUGCGAGAUGCAGUUGUUCUAAUAUACGCUAAUAAGCAAGACUUGCCUAAUGCAAUGAAGCCUCAUGAAGUGCAAGAAAAGUUGGGUCUAACUAGAAUAAGAGAUCGCCUGUGGUACAUUCAGCCAUCGUGUGCCACUAGUGGUGAUGGACUUUAUGAAGGUCUUAUGUGGUUGACUGCCAACAACAAAUCUUGAAUGAUGAUACAUUUAAGUCAUCAAAUUAUAAAAUAAUAAAAAUAUAAGAUUUAAAAUAAGUUUGUAUAUGUCCUCCCUGUGAUAAAUAUCAUUAGUAAAGCAGCUUUUAUUUUGCGGCAACUCUGAUUUCUUUGGAUUGGAAUUUUAUCAGCAUAGAUUUGACAUUCCAUAACUGAAAAUAUUUAAAGAACUUUACUUCUUUCAAUAAAUCUUUUUUAAAGCUGUGGCA